UACAUUUGUUUACAACUCGCAGAAUGUCCAUGCGUGAAUUUACAACCGCACAGAGCGUUGCAUCAGCACGAGAUUGGAAGUGCGUCAAAUCUGUACAGCAUUGUUACGUCAUCACUGAUAAAUGUUGAAACUGAUGCGAAACCGCGGGAGCAGUUCAGUGAUUCUCGCUAGUGCUGGAGGAGCGUUCAUUUUGGCAAGGAAAUGUGCUGAAUUUUGCAAGGACAUGGAGAAUAAAGAGUUCAAGGAGUCAGAGGUCAGUGGGAAUGACCUCACCCUCAUAGACCUGGAUGACCCCAUCAAUGACGGUGAUGUUAUGAAGGAAGACAGAUCUGAUAAAGAUCACAGAGAGGUUGAGAGACAGACCAAGUUGGAAGAGGCUGUUCUAGAGACAGAUAUCCCAACUCUGUCACUAGAGGCUGAAGGAGAGAUUGAGAUGCAGGAGGGUGAUCUGAAGACAGAUGGCACGUCUCAGUCACAGGAGGUUGAAGGAGAGAGUGAGUUGGACGAGGCCAUUGUCAUCCCAUCUCAGUCACCGGAGGAGGCCAAAGGAGAGAGUGAGUUCAAUCAGGUUGAUCUGAAGACAGCCACAUCAACUCUGACACUGGAGGUCGAAGGAGAGAGUGUGAUGCAGGAGAGUGAUGAUCUAGAAACAGCCGGGCCAUCUCAAUCCCAGGAGACUGAACGAGUGGCAAAGGCUGCAGUGGUGACCUUCACUACCGUGACCCACAAGGCUGCAGCCUCCCAGACCAGCCUCACCCUCAGCAGGGGAAAGAGAAGCUACCCAGACCUACACACCUUUGUGCAGGACAUGAAGGAUGGCCAUUGGAAUCUGCUGAGUGAGAAUAUGCGUGCCGGGAUAAGCAGACAUGAGUUUAGUGCCAGGUGCAUGGAUAUUACAAAUUGGGUGAUGGAGUCUACAUCCACUGUGGUCAUUCCCGCCCUUGACCUCACCAUGCAGAUCGAGCUCUCUGAUUCGUCAAGCUCUUCUGGAUCAGGAAGUAAUGAGGCAAGAGAAGUGACCUCUCUUGGCCACAGCGUCAGAUUCAGCUUUAGUGGAGGACCCAGUAGGCGCACCAGUUCUAGAACCGCUUGCAGCACACGAACUCCCACUCCUUUCCCCUCCUCUCACAGGUCCAUGACUUCAUUGCUGAGUGAGGACGGAGAGCGAUAUGUCUGCUCACCUGAGGGUGGUGAUAGAGAGAUGAGACACAGACCCCACUCAGCACCACUGAGAUCUGUGUUUGGAAUCUCUGAGGAUUCUGUCUUCAACAUGGUCCAGAGCGGCCAGACGCAGAGUGACAUCGUACUGUCGUCCAGUUGGAGUAGACGGGAGAAAUACAGCCCUGUCAAAAAACCAACGGACACCAGGUUUAUGAUGGGUAUUGUAGAGUUGGUUAUGAACCUUCUCAACUCCAGAUUGGCUGAGCUAAUGCGAAGUCUCAGUCAGGGAACUCUAGGUCCGCUGUCUGGUAGUAUCUCAGCAAGUCAGCAGUUUGCCCAAGAGAUGCUAAGCAUGGUGUCUGCUAAGAUGUAUUCCCAUGCCAUAGAGCAUAUUGCGCAUGGCCACAAGUCUCCCCUUGAGUUAGAGAGGGAGCUUGAGGCCAUAUUGGGUCCUCUGGCUGGACAGGUUAUAGUCAUCAUCAUAGAUAGCAUCUUCAAGGCAAAAGCCAACAGAGGAAACAAGGGACGAGCGACCAGCCCCUUGACCUAUUUUCUCACUGCCAUUUCAGCAGAAGUACAAAGCCUAGUUGUUCAGAGAUCGGCUAGCAGACCGUCCACCAGACUGUCCAACAACGACCCAUUGCUGAACAUUUCCAAGUCAAAGGUCUUAAGAUCAGUUCUGCUCAAAAUGGCAGAACUCUUUGGUCAAGGUCCAAGUGAAACCUGUCUAGUUCCACUAGUCCAGAGUCAGUCCAACAACUCUAUUUGCGACUGGACUCUGAAUGCAGGCACCAUUCAUCCAAGUCAAUUUCUGUCCAACAACAGAAUGACAGAAGUGUCAUCCGAUGUUGUGGAUCUUGUACUUGAGGUUUUUGGGAUAACAGGAUUUUUGGAUAGCAGGAGCCCGUCAAGGCCACAGAGUGCCUGCUCCUACAACUCAGCUAGUGGAGCAAUAGAUAUGAGAGCUCUUGCUGGGGACUUGGUCAGACAGGUGUCUGUCAAACUCAGACCCUUUGUCUCUGAGAGUCAACUCUCCACCAUGUCCAUGACAGAUCUGUCAUCAUCUAUUUCUGACUCCACCUUGAAGCAGUUGUGUUGUAGCUCUGCUGUUGCUGCAGCAACUGUCUGUCAAGCAAUCAAAACGGAGCUCGAGAGCCAGAGACCUACCAACCUGUCAGCCAGAGACCUACUAUCGUCUCUGAUAGAGACCAUUGAGGACAUGGAUAUCUCUGACGUCGUCCAGGGCCCGUCAGCCAUUUUGGAGGAGACUGCUAUGAUAAAGCACCCAGAGAUGUCCACCUCGAUAAUAUACAGGUCUUUGCUUCUCGACUCAUCUCUCGCCUCCUCUAACAUGGUCACUGAGAGCAUUAUCUUCAACAGCCCACGCCCAUCAGAGGAGAAUGUGAGUAUUCAGAAGGUGCUCCCUGCUGAUAAAGUUGACAUACUCCAUGGUCAACCAGUGGAGGAGUGUAUCGUCCAAGCUGAGCAAUGCAUCACUCAGGUCAUUCAGGAUGCAGCUGUGACAUAUACUGGCGUGCUGGAUAAAACCGACACUUGUGGGAAACUGUCGGAAGUUCUGUCUGUCUGUGUUUCCGCGGAGAAUAUUGAGGAGGCAUCCUCUGAUCUAUUUGGUGGAAUUAUUUCCGACCUGCAUGAGGUAUCUGAGGUCAAUAAGGCCUCCAUGCGUACGAAAUCAGGUCGCAAAAUGUUCUGGGUGGAAGUGAGUUCAGGUUCCCAGAAGAUUUAUACCAAAACCCUGGACAAACUGAGGAAGCUUUUCACCUCUCACCUUCUCACUGAGGGACAAAAUACUCCUGUGCAAAUUGAGCUCUAUGACACUGGACUACUUGUAACUGAGACCACUGUGGAGGUAUCUCCUGUACAGAAGACAGACAGUAAUACCUCUUCUAUGUCCUCAGCCUCAGCCCACCAGCUCACCCUCGACACCUGCACUAAAGGGGUCAUCAAACAGGUGAUCUCGGUGCUGAGGUUGGAGACUUCAAAGGAAGACCGCUUCGCUUCCGUUGGGGAGAACACAUCAAAUGCGUCUUUCGACUUCAACCAGAAGUUGGACUCGAUAAUUUCGAAAUUGGAGGACCUCACCAUUUCGAGUGACGUGACGUCAGCCGAGAUUGCCACGCUCACGCGAUCUCGUAGUGCAGCCAGCAGAACCUCUAACAUUACCAUCCAGAGCUUUCACAGUGCUGAGUUCCGAGCUACGGCCAAACAGAUUGUGCGUGAGGCCAUUCUCAGAGCUGCUAGCGAAGCCAACUGUUCUUUGCCACAGAGCAUGCCUAGCAUCACCUUCUCACACCAUGUGGUUUCUACAACUGAAGAUAUAUUGAAUAUGAUCGUGCAAGACCUUGAAAGUGUAUCCCAGUACACAGUGGAGGACGCAGACUCCUUCCCACUAGGAGAGAAAAAGCUGCAGUCCCAACUCAAUCCCAGAGUUGUCUUUGACAACUCAUUUUUUGCUGCUCAAAUCAUGUACCACAGAGUAAAGGAUAGACUGAAUGUCUUUUUGUCUUUUCCACCCGUGUCAGUCACCACAGCUAAAGAUGUGCUGGACUCCACCCCUGUGGAUACACUCAGAUGCUCGAAGUCCCCUGACACUGCUCUUGUUAAGGACAGGAGCCGCCCUCCGUCUGUGAGAAGUGAGAAGCCAUUUUCAAAAGUCUGUUUGACUAAAAGGUUUAAAGCCCUUGUGUCUUCGAGUGGCUCCUCCACAUACCACCAUGUAAUUGACACAUGCAGUGAGGAUGUCAGUCUGCCCACCAGGAGUAUGUUAGUUGUGAGCGACACCAGUUUGAAGAGAGCCUCUCCUCUCCAUGGUUGUGGAUUGAGUGAAAGUUGUGAACCUCUUGAGGCUCUACAAGACGGAACAGUGGCAUUCAGCCAAGAAGGCUUUAGCAAAACUGCAAAGAAGACACUCAGCUUGAUCCUAAAUGUGAUCAAGUGCAGAUUGGCCAACUCUGAGAGUUCAUCUGUUGGGCAGAAUGCAAGUGAGGAGUGUCUGAUAGCCACUAACAUGUUAGACUCUCUACUGGAGAGCCUUGACCUGUUGCCUGACAUGAGCGCUGCCGAUGAGAUCACAAGGACAGAAUGCCAUACCUCUAACGCAAUGGACAAGACAGGUUCACAGUCAGCGCUUGUGAGCCAACAAGAAAUGAACAUAUCUGACACCAGUAUCAUAGUGAAAACUAUAAUGGACACAUUGAAGACAGACGACCUAGAGAUGACUUCAGCAGAAGAAAAUCUGGAUAGGCUUCUGUCAAUUGAAGCCCUUCAAGAUGCGUCUGGCAACCUGAUCGCAAAGGUCCAUGGUCUCAUUCAGGAGAUAACCAUAAGACGCCAGCCUCAAUCCAUGACUGGCCACAGAAGCCUCUCUCAACCAGCGCUGCCAAAGCCAGCACUGAGGAAGCUGUCAAAGGACGAUGCGUCAGGGCUCGUUUACAGCUUUGCCCACACUUCUGUUAGCAGACUCCUGGGGCAGUGUUUGGGUAGGCCUAUGCCACCCACUGCUGACAGGGUUUUGGAUCAGGUCAUCAAGUUGAUGACAGACAUGGUGAUGGACAGUCUGACUGAUCUGUCCAAGUCUGCAAUGGAGGGUGACACCAGCAAUGCCGCAAGUGACAUCACUCAUGGUGUUGUGGCUGACCUUAAUGCUACUGAGGAAUUCCCCGCCAGGGGCCUUAGCCCGGCUGAUGUAAAGGCUGACGGCAUGGCCCGCCUUCCCUCUGCCAGAGGGGAAGAGAUUAAGAAGAACAGGAAGUGGCGCUUCCUACCCAAAAUUGGCAAGAUUCCAAAGAUCAGGAUGAAGCUGUUCAAGACAAAAGAGGAACCGAAGAGCCACCCUGAACAGGAUGCGCUGCCUACCAAACGUCUCAGAGAGACUCGUAUUUCACAGAAUGCUGAGUGUGAGGUUCCAGAGGUUCCAUCCACUUCCCCACCCAAGGAGGACCUGACAACCACACUGGCCCCUGCUCCCCAGGAGUCCCAGUCCCAUGGUGAUGCUGCUUCUCUCCAGAGGAGCCAACAUUAAUGCUUUUGACAAGAAGGACCACCGAGCAAUCCACUGGGCUGCUUACAUGGGGCACAUUGAGGUGGUGAAACUGCUGGCCUCUCAUGGAUCAGAGGUGUCCUGUAAAGACAAGAAGGCCUACACCCCUCUCCACUCUGCAGCCUCCAGCGGCAUGAUCAGCAUAGUCAAGUACCUCCUGGACCUUGGGGUGGAUGUGAGUCAAUGCAU